AUGCUGUAUUUUUUACUUCUUACUCUAUUUUUCUUACUCAUUAAAGUAAGGGACUGUUCGCAUAUAGGUAGUUGCUUAUUCCACAAUCGGCUGACAAAAGCUUCGCGUUAUGAUUGUUGGAAUGAACUUGAUUUAGCGAAGUUGCGGGCUCGACAAAUAUUUGAACAGGUAAUUCCCUCCGACGUAAUUCCAUCAAAAAUAGAUACUAAGUACAGUAAGGAUAUUCUUAAAUACUUUCGAAGAGCUUUGCGUUUAGUGGAUCGACACGAGGAGCCAAAUAAACAAACAAGCUUAAUACUGAAAGAAGCAUUAGCGGAUACAAUAGGCGCACACAUGAGAGGUGAGAUUUUGCCAGCCGCUCGAUUCGCGUACUACGCUGGUUCUCUACCCUACAGAAAUGUAAAGGAUUUGCAUGACUAUUUCGACAAUAUCAAAGUCUAUCUAAACACUCAGGGAUUUGGUUGGAGAAAACCUCACACUGUUCCGAUAUUGACUAAUAUGACAGUGGAAAAAAUUGUGAUAGGAUCCGGCAAGCUUUUUGACCCAUGUACAUUUGUAAUCAACAAACGAGAUACUAACUCGUGUAUUCAUUUACCUCCUCCAAAAAUAGACGAUCCACGAGAACCUUCCGCUUUGGCGCUCCCGUUUAAAUCCAACGGUCUCCUUAGUUUGACCUCGCCAAAAUCGAAAAAUGUUAUACUUAAGUAUUAUACUACGGCAUCGAGGUGUCUUCUGAAACGCUCCCCCGACAAAUGCCGUCAUACAGAUUUUGUUAAUUUCAACAAUGAAAUGUGGCAUUGGAUGAAAAGGGACGUCGCUCCACAUCUGGUAGAUGAGAAAUUGUACGCAGCCUACGGUGGUAUCCUGAGGGUGGCAGCCGCCGCUCAAGCCUAUGGCAAAGGCCUGUCGAGGCGGAAUCUCUUCACUUACCAAGACGCCGGAGUGUCCAAGUGGCAUCCAUGGGGGGCGUUGAAGAACUCCUACGUCUAUGUGAAUGCAGACUGGACCCCAUAUUGCUGUGUUUUUAUAAUUCUUCUUAUUGGUCUAGCAAUUUGUCUCAUACAGAUCUUAUACAGCUACUUGUUUGGAGAUGACGACGGUUGUCACUGUAGAGGACACCCGCGUAACUCUUCCGCGUCCAAUGACGUCGAAUACGCUAACGUGGAGUCCAAUAUCCCGGCGAUGCUGCCCGCACAAAAAAAUGUCUAUUACACUCUUGACCACGCAAAGCGUGUCAGCGGCUCGUCUAGAGUAAAAUCAUCGUCCGUAGGAUCUGUAAAGACCGAAAGAGUGUACGAUUUGAACGAAAACAAAGAGAAACUAAUGGAUAUCAUUUUAAGCGAGAGCGGUGAUUCUAGCGAAGAGUCCGUGGGGAUAAAGAACGCAGAGAGCGAUAACAAUGUUAUCGACGUGGGCUGUGUCAACCGGUCGAAGAGUCCACCGAAAAUAGAGACGUCAGUGGACGAAAUGAAGAUAUAUAAAGGAAAUGCGCGACGCACUCAGAUGUAUUCCUCGACCACGCGCUCCGAGAUUUCGUGUCGGGAUAAUGCAACGGGGUCCGUUUGGUCCGGGUCUGAAAGCUCAUCAUCGGGGGAGUCUGUCACGACGGACAGUUCGAAGUCAAGAUGUAGAAGAUCGAGAAGUUCCCGAGACUUAGCCUGGGCGAGAAGAGUCAUCUCCAAACAUGCUCUGAAAUCGACCUCCGCCACAGAAUUGGAUGGGACCUCUUUCAUUACGCCUCCGUCUCGAAGGUAG